CCUCCUGCCUCCCUGCUCUCUGCUAGCAUGCAGCUGUGUUUGCCCCUCUGCACCUGCUUUCUGUCCCCUGGACCCCCAGCUCUCUGACCACCUGCCCUCUCACCCUGGAGCUGUCACUUUGCCCGUAGAGCUGCCUCAUCCUGUCCAGCAGUUACUGACCAGCUCAGCGGUCAUGCCUUUCGGAUGUAUCAGCGCCCGGAACGAGAAGACGUAUAACUGUUUCUCUGACAUCACCGACAAGUAUGAGAUCGGGCAGCUGGUGUGCGCGAAGGAGUUCUGCGAGAUCUGUCUCGCCCGAGAGAUGCAGACGGACCGUCUCUUCGUCUGUAAGAAGUUCCUGAAGAAGGACGGCAGGAAAGUGCGGAGAGCGGCGAAGAACGAGAUCACGAUCCUCAAAAUGGUGAAUCAUCCCAACAUCCUGCAGCUGAUUGAUACGUUUGAAACCAAGAAAGAAUUUUACAUCAUUCAGGAGCUGGCCACGGGGGGGGACGUGUUUGAUUGGAUCCUGCAGCAGGGGUAUUACUCGGAGAAGGACGCCAGUAACGUGAUCCGCCAGCUGCUGGAGGCCGUCGCUUACCUGCACAGUUUGCACAUCGUUCAUCGGAACCUCAAGCUGGAGAACCUGAUGUAUUACAAUCAGACUAAACACUCCAAGGUCGUCCUGCGCGACUUCUACCUCUCGUGCUUUGAGAGCGGAGAAAUCUCGGAGCCGUGCGGGACGCCCGAGUAUCUAGCUCCUGAGGUCGUCUCGCGGCACCGAUACGGCCGCCCCGUGGACUGCUGGGCUGUCGGCGUGGUGAUGUACAUUCUGCUGUCCGGGAAUCCGCCUUUCUACGAUGAAAACGAAGAGGAGAACAGCGAGAGCCACAACCGCAAGAUCUUCCGCAAGAUCCUGGCCGGAGAGUACGAGUUCGACUCGCCCUACUGGGACGUCAUCUCGGCCUCGGCGAAAGACCUCGUGUCUCGUUUGAUGGAGAUGGACCAGGAGCAGAGAAUUACUGCCCAAGAUGCGUUGGCGCACACCUGGAUUUCAGGAAACGCUGCGGCCGAAACAAAUCUUAAAGACGGGGUCUGCGCUCAGAUCGAGAAGAACUUUGCGAAAGCCAAGUGGAGGAAAGCCAUUCGAGUGACCACGUUCAUGCAGCGGCUGAGAGCGCCGGAGGCCAGCGCCGGACGCCUUCCCGUCACCCCUCGCUCGUCCAUGAGCGUCUCGCAUGAAAUCACGGUGGAAGCCGGGUCUCCAUCUCCAGCACCCUUCCCGUCUCUACGCAUCCCCCCGACAGCAGACCACUGGAGUCCCGGCAGAUCACCGGAGCGCUCUGAGAGUGCAGGACAAUUAGCAGGGCAACAGGAUCGUCAUGGGCCUUAGCGGUAGCUCUGCCCGCGUGGCACCCUCCAGCCAUUGAAGUCUCGGGGGUGACACCGAUGCCGCACAGCUGAAAGCUGGCACCGUUCCCACGGUUGGCGUCGGUGAACGUGACAGCGGACGGUGGGACGAGGGGAGUACGAGGGGUCAGCCAAACCUGGGGAGACGCUACAUGCUGGGGGACCGGACCUCAUAACCCUGUUUGAUUGGGGGUCCUAGGAAUAGAGCCAUUACCUCCGCCCCCUGCCACGUCUGACCUGGUGAACCAAAUGCACAUCAACUGCAUGCUCCCCGUGUGACGCCGAGACCCCCGGCUCUAAAGGGGGGAAAAGCCAAUAAAGAGAAAUCUCCUAACGUGAAUAUUUACGGUACCCAUAAUGCACUGCGGCCCCCAAAACCAUAAAAAUAUACACAGCACCAGCUUUUCCUAUUCUAUACACGGCAUCGGCUUUUCCUGUUAUAUACACGGUGCCAGCUUUUCCUAUUCUAUACGCAGUACUUUUCUUAUUCUAUACACAGUACUUUUCCUGUUAUAUACACGGUGCUUUUCCUAUUCUAUACAUGGCAUCGGCGUUUCCUUUUAUAUAUACGGGUGCCGGCUUUUCCUAUUCUAUACGCAGUACUUUUCCUAUUCUAUACACGGCUCCUGCCGCUCAUUGAUUGAAUUUCAUGCUAAUUCUGUAUAAGUCGCCAGAAUAAAGUCUGCAGCCCCAA